GAUGUUCUAGCGAAAGCAGUUUCAUUAAAACAAGCUUCCCCAUCCGCGACACAAGGAUCUUAAAAUCUUGGCACUGUUUGAUCUUUGAAGUACCAACUCGUACUAUUGAAUCGAUCUGAAUUAAAUUCAGUGACUUGAAUCAUUACCGCUUUGAAAAGAAUUCCCACGAACGACCGACGCGGGAUAUCAGCGUAAUUUAUACACCUUUAGAUCAAAACAAACGUAUUUAAGAAUUUUGUUGUUUUUGUGAUUUUCGAUUAUUUUUUGCAAACUGAAUUAAUUAUUUUUUAAAAACUUUUAUCUUUUGCGAGUGAGGUUUGGUGUUAAAAUUUUGUUAAAUUGAAUUUUGAUUAAGAACAAAAUUAAAAAGCAUUCGACAACAAUCGUUCAUUAUUAAUUUAUAAGAGGACUUCUUUUUACUUCAUGGUGUUUUUUUCUUCAAAUUUUGAUUGUUUUUUUUUUUUGAAAACAAGUUUGAUUUUUUAAUUUCGCGAUUCUUCUAAAUAAUUAAUUGUGAAAUUGUGGCCCGGAUUUCGAUUAAAUUGGAUUCAAUAGUUCUUUAAUUGAGGACUUGAAAUACAUACAUAUAUAUAAACAAAGUUUUUUAUAAAUAAUUAUUUUUUACUCUCAAAUUUAAAUUUAAAAAAUUUUAUUCGUGUGACAUUUUCUGGAGUAACAGACAACUUAUUUUCCAUAACACUUUGAACGGGAAUACACAUUUUUAUACAUACAAAAAACAUGGACAAUAAUUACUUAAAAUCACCAUAUUCAAAACGAUUCGUUAUAGAGGAUUCCGUCCCAAAAGCUACAUCAGAUGGUGAGCCACAUGAAGUUAUGACACUUGUGGCCGGUUUAUCAGGUAUGCUUGCAGCUUUUGUGAUAUUAGGAAUCCUAAUAACUUUGAUUGGCUGCAAAAGCAAAGAAAGACAACGCAACCAAAACAGUCCACCACCAUCUCCCGAAAUGAGUGAAAUAUCUGAAAUGAGUUUUAAGCGAUCAUCUAUUCUGCCUAUUUUCACCAAAAGUAUCAGCAUCGAAGAUACUGACCCUCGACUUGUUUCCAUAUCAAUUAUUCCAAAUAAUUUUGGAAAUUUAAACUCUGCAUUCGUUGCUAGCGAAAUGAGUCUUGGACCAAAGAACGAUAAAAAUGCGAUAUCGAUACAUCACUUAUGAAUAUUGUAAUUUUUUUUAGCAUCUUAAAUAUGCUAAUAAUCCUAAGAGGCAAUACAAUAGACUGAACUGUUAUUUUAUUUUAAAUUUUCUUGAGUGAAUUU